AUGUCCGUAAACAAGAACUUGGCCGGAAAGGUAGCCCUUGUCACCGGAGGAAGUCGAGGCAUCGGCGCCGCAAUUGCCAUCAAGCUCGCUGAGCAUGGCGCGGACCUUGCUAUCAACUAUGUUUCAUCAGCGACGGCCGCAGAGGCUGUCGCCGAACAGGUACGUUCGCUUGGCGUAACUGCCAUCACGGUGAAAGCGGAUGUGUCCCAAGAGGAAGAAGUCAGCGCCAUGUUCAAGACGGUUAUGGAGAAAUUCGGCCAAUUGGAUAUCGCGGUCAGCAAUUCGGGGAUCGAAUAUUUUGCCGAUCUUUCGGAGACGACGGGUGCAGAUAUUGAUCGAGUUUUUGGCGUGAAUGUUAAGGGGCAGUAUUUUGUUGCGCAACAGGCGUAUAAGUAUAUGGCGGAUCAUGGGCGGGUCAUGUUGACUUCGUCAAUUUCGGCAGUGAAGGGUGUUCCCCAUCACGCUGUCUAUGCUGCCUCAAAAGCUGCUGUUCAAGGUAUGACCAAGUGUCUUGCUGUGGACUUCGGCCCGCGCAAUAUAACUGUCAAUUGUAUUGCUGCCGGUGGAGUUAAGACGGAUAUGUAUGAUGAGAACUCAGCUUCGUAUUUCCCUGGUGGGGAUAAGAUGACGCCGGAGCAAAUCGAGACUCUGCUGUCAAAGUGGUCUCCACUGGGUCGAGUCGGGCUUCCAGAAGAUAUUUCAAACAUCGCAGCAUUUAUUGCAAGUCCCGAAUCACAGUGGCUGACUGGUCAAACCUUCAGCGCCACCGGAGGUGCUUAUAUGGUUUAG